AUGAGAUGCAAAGAACGCAAGGUCCGCUGUAAUCGUGUUAUGCCCCAGUGUGGUCGGUGCAGUUUACAGGACUUGGAAUGCGUCUACCCUGUCCGGGCCAAAAGGAGGACCACGCGUUGUCUAAUUGACCCUGCCUUAUCACCCACUUCUGGUCCUGCAUUGACCGCCAUCCUCGACCGUCUGCAACGCCUUGAAGCCCAGAAUACCUCCUCAACUUCAGCCAACAAUCCUUGUACACCAUCAUCAAUUCCUGGGAAUGCCUCGUCAAGCUCGUCGCCAUGCGCGUCCACCACCAUCAAUGGUCGCGACUCAUGCGUCACGACGCCUCAUAACCCUCGCCAGGAGAUGGACGCCAUGACCGUCUUGAAGGAUGCUGUCGAUCAGGUUCAGGAAAGGCGAAGACGGGCCUUUGGGUCGGCUGUAAUCACAGAUUCCAUCGCCAUCCCAACAGACCUAGCCAAGACCUGGGUUGAGAAUUACUUUGAACAUAUGCCGGCAUGCAUGUUCCUCGGCUUAUUCGAGCGACGAGUGAUCCAGAUGAUACCCGACAUUAUCGACCUCCCCCAUAUCCAUGUCGACCCAGUCAUCCUUGUCAUCUACUACACCGUCAUGUACCAUGGCUGCAGUCUAAAAGCCAGCAACACCUCAGUCGUCGGCAUUGACUACAUGAACGCCAGUUACCUGGGAUGUCUUCGCGCCAUCCCUCUUUGGGAGCGAGAAGCGUCAGGGUCAAUAACUGACCUUCUUGCAGCCCUCUGUGUGACCCGUGUGGCUGCCGAAUUCUUCGAUUACGAUCUGGCUUGGAGAAUGUUCAAGCACGCUUGCGAGUCUUGCCAGGCUCUCAACUUGCACAACCUCGACGGCGACGAUGCCGAUGCCACUUUUCUCGGGGACAAGUGUGAUGACGAAAGAAGAGGUUUCUGGGAGGUGAUCCAGAUCGACCUAUUCUUCCGGCUAGUCCUCAACACACCGCCCGCCAUUACAAACAAUCCUUGGAAGGUCAACUUACCCUGGCUGGAUGCUGAUUCGGGGCCUCCCCUCCAAGGGAUACAGUCCACAGCAUUCCUCGCUAGCUCUCGGGUCAGUCUGGUCAUUGCACGGUUCUUUGCCAUGCUGGACGACCCAAAGAAUACCACCAAGCCCGAGAUAAUGGCCAAGACGGAGGAGCUCUGUCUUGAAAUGCAGCAGAUUUUUGACGAGUGGCAAUUAAAUGAAUGGAUGGCAGAUGCUCCUGAGAAGGAGCAAGAUAUAUGGGUGGUGGUCGAUGUCCUCUUCACGGGCUACACCUCCAUCAUCUACAUGUUCCGCAAGAUGUCUCUUCUCGACUCAACCUCCCCAAGGCCACCAACAACAGACCUGGACAUCCCCGAAUCACCAAUUGUUGAGGAUGCCUGCCGACACAUCAUCAACCUCCUAAGCCAGCUACUAGUCAUCUACCCCUACGUGGAAACGAUGACAACCCUCUUCGGGGCAUAUCGAUGUUUCGUCGCCUACGCCUAUCUCGCAAACAGUAUCCUACAAUCCGAGGAUCCUCAGAGCUACAUGAAAGAUGUCGAAUCACUAGAACGGUUAGGAAAUCAGUCGGCGUUGUUGGCCAGGGGACAGAAGGAUAUCGUGCCUUUGGUUCGGGCGAUGCAGACGAUUAAUGAAGAGAUACGAAAAAAGAUAGGGAAGUAA